CAGGUAGUAAUGGAUACCGUACCCUGACAAGUGGAAUUUCUUCCUUUUUCCAGCAAUGGCUCAAAGUUUCCGGAGUGGUCAGAUCCAAGAAUUUAGUUCGAAGGCAAUCAUAGAGGACUGGGUUGCACACUACAAGAAGGGUGACUUACUCUCUGCUCUGAAGAAGCACUGGCGUAAGUAUGUGCCUCAGGUGUACUAUACCUACAGUAACCCGGCCAAGGAAGAGAGGGUGGCCAGGAAGCUGCUGUUUAACCCCAUGGAGGUGUUCCUCUGCAGUGGUGACCCAGAGGACAUGUUUCAGCAGCUAAAAGGACUGGACCGACCUUCACAGAUCUGUGGUCAUGUCUUCAAGAUGGGAGAGCCCACAUACUGUUGCAGGGACUGUGCCAGUGACCCUACAUGUGUUCUGUGCAUCGAAUGUUUUCAAAAAAGUGCUCACAGAAAACAUAGGUAUAGGAUGAACACCUCUGGGGGAGGAGGGUACUGUGACUGUGGAGACACAGAAGCCUGGAAAACAGAGCCCUUCUGUGAGACACACAAACAAGGCCUAGCCCAGGAGGAACCAGUGAACCCUAUUGAAGCCCUACCUGAUGAUUUGGUGGACAGAGCAAGUACAUUGUUUAUGUCAGCCAUGCAGUAUGCUGUGGAACUUCUCACCUGGGAACAGCAUGACAGCUUACCUGUAGGGCUCCAACCUGAGGGAGAACUACCCAACACCUACGUCACCAUGCUGUUCAAUGAUGAGGUUCACACAUAUGAACAGGUGAUCAACACUUUGAUAGUAGCUGUGAACUGUAGUCAGAAAGAAGCCACAGACUUUGCCACAAUAGUUGAUAGAGAGGGACGAAGCUGUGUGAGGACUGGUCAGUUUGAAGAUUGUGAGAAAGCUAGAAGUGUUAUUGAGAAAAACACAUCUCGUCAUGGCAGUAAACCCCUUAGAGUCCAUGUCAUGCACACCACAGUGGUAGCUCAUCAGCAAUUUGCCCUCAAAUUGAUCCCCUGGUUACAGUCUGUCAUAUCCCGGUCAGAUGGUUUGCGGCGGUUGUUUUGUAUCCUCACCAUGAAACCCCAGCAGAAUGAGAUGGGUCUGUCAUUGAUGGAGAAAAUCCUGUUAGCAGACACCCAGCUCUGGAAAGUUGCCCGUGUACAGAGCCACCAACUGUUUAUGUCAGGGGUCUUGCUCGACCAGGAAUGCAAAAAGCAGUUUGCAGCUAUGUUCACUAAGUGGUUCCCGCAGAUGCAGCGCGAUUUCUGUGAAGACGAUCAUGAUCAGGAAGUGUCAGUCACAUCACUGUCUGUUCAAAUCUUUACCGUACCCAGUUUGGCACGCAUGUUGAUAGAAGAGCAUGAUUUGAUGACUGUGAUUAUUAAAGCCUUCCUUGAGCACUGUGAAGGCAAACUGAAGGAUGGUCGUCUGGUGUUUGAUCGCAAUGAGCGGAAUCAAGCAUUUAAGAGGGCCUGGUAUAUGCUAUAUGAUCUCAAGUAUACUUUAUCCUGCCGCCCAUCCGCUGAGGAGUGGACCCCCAAACUCAGGUCAAACUUCCUCAACGGAUUCAAUAGUCUACUGGAACUUCUCAAAGCUAUGCAGGGCAUGGACGCUGUGACCAGACAGACGGGGCAGCACCUGGUGUUUGAGCCCGAGUGGGAGAAUGCCUUCAACUUACAGCUGAAACUCAGGGAUAACCUGGCAUUGGUGCUGGACUGGUGUUCAUCUGAUAAAGAGGUGCUGAUAUCUGCAUUCCGGGCCACCAUGAAGACUCUACAGUCCUGUAAGGAGAAACCAGAACUUCUCAAGAAGGAAAAAGUUACCAUUGUGAAUCGUACAGCUAAGUGUAUCAAGUAUGAUGUGGCCAAUCAGCCAGUGUCCAUUCACACACCUGUGUCCAGACUGAUGGCAGGUCUGUUCAUACAACUGGAAAAGUUUGGUUUGACUUAUCAUUCUCCAGAGAUUUAUAUCAACCCGGCUAAGUUGGAUGCUGUGGAGAUGCUGGAGGCCCCUCUCCGUGUCCAGGUGCUCAUCUCACAGACCCAGGCUGGUAUGUGGAGACGUAAUGGUUACUCACUUCUCAACCAGAUUUUUUUCUACCAUAAUGUGAAAUGUCGAGGGGAGAUGUAUGACCGUGACAUUGUGAUGUUACAGUUAGGGGCAGCUCUUCUACCCAGUGAUGAAUUUAUGAUCCAUGUGCUGAAUAAAUACAACCUUAUCCAGUGGGCCAGGGAGUUGUAUGAGAUUGGAGGACAAGAUGACCCUGUAAGACACUCAGAAACACUGGCAGAGGAGUUCCUCAGUUUACUCAUCAUUCUGCUUAGUGAGCGAUAUGUUCCUGGGGUCGGAAAGGUCACACCAGAGGAUGUGGUGGAAAGGGAGAUAAUCCAUCAGCUUUGUAUUACUCCUAUGGCUCAUAGUGAACUAGUCAAAACCUUACCAGAAGAUGCAAACCAUGAGACAGGAAUAGAGGCUGUCAUUCAUAAUGUGGCUGACUUCAAAAAACCUACAGAGGAACAGAAAGGGAAGUUUGAUCUGAAGCCAGAAUGCUACUCCAGAUACAAUCCAUUCUUCUACCACUACAGCAAGUCUGACCAGUCCAAGUCUGAAGAAGCACAGUUGAAGAGGAAGAAACAGGCAGGAUUGGAUCAGGCCCUGCCCCCACCAGAGCCCCCACCCUUCAGUCUGCAGUUCACCCCAGUCAUUAACCUACUGGAGUGUGAUGUCAUGAUCCAGGUGAUGGAGGUCGUCCUGGCACGUACACAAAGACAGAGGUCAAGGUCAUGCCCUGAAGGACAGUUUGAGAGGAUUCUUCAUUUAAUUGGAUUGGCUUUGCAUGAACAACGACGGGCAAUUGUGGAUGGAAACACAGAAUUUGACUUCCUCUCCAAAGCUACGAAACGUGGAAAGAGUAUCCUGUAUUACCUGGAGACUUUAGUGGGAGAUCCCAACAUUACACAUGAUGCACAAAAAGAUCUACUCACUUGGGUGUUAAAGACGCUGGCGGAGGUAAGGCAAAUGAAAAAUGAACCCGUUGCCAUGGAAACAUUAGAAUCUUUGACAACGUUUGAUAGCAAACAACAGGAGGAAAAGAAAAAGAAAGCAGCAAAAGCUGCAAAACGACGUGCAAAGAUCAUGGCCCAGAUGUCAGCUAUGCAAAAAAACUUCAUCAAGGACAAUGCUGAGCUCUUUGAAGAGACAAGUACAGAUUUACCUCAUGCUGGAUCAGACAUGGAUAUCAGUGAGACAGCAGGGCCCCGGUGUCGUGUUGCACUGGGCCCUAUGCAGACCCCUGUGCAAGUGACAGGUGUCAAUAAGGGCAUGUGUAUUCUGUGUCAGGAGGAGCAGGAGAUCAGCUUCAGUGGUAGAGCCAUGGUUCUCUCUGCAUUUGUACACAGGUCUACUGUGUUGUCAACUGCUAAGUCCUCUGUAGAAUGUGAUGAGGAGAGAGACCCUCUGUUGACACCCUCUACCUUGCCCCAGGGUACCCACACGUCAACCUGUGGACAUAUCAUGCAUGCUGACUGCUGGCAGAGGCUCUUUGACUCUAUCCUGGCCAAGGAGCGUAGAAGACCAUUACGUAUUCGUCAUCACUUGAGCUAUGACAUAGACAAACUGGAGUUUCUCUGUCCUUUGUGUGAAUGUUUGAGCAAUACUGUGAUCCCAUUAGUGCCUCCCCUGGCCACAUUGUCUUCAGACAGUGAGAGACGAGAAGUUGACCUGAGUUUUAACGACUGGCUGGAUGGUAUACAGAAGACUGUUCAUGCCAGCAUCAUGGCAGAGAGAGACAAGGAAUCGGAAGAGGAGUCUCUUCUCUUCCAACCCUGCCCCAUUUCUACAAUCACCAAAAUGAUGGCUGAGAGUGUGGCCAGGAAUUUUCAGCUGCUCUGGGAAUAUGUUUAUGAUGAUGCCAGUGGUCAGUUCUCAGAAGGAAUGAAAGACAUGCUGAAGAAAUUUACCAGGGAUGUAUACUGUGUGGGUCUUUCUGUGCACCCAGAUGACGAGAAUGUACGUGUACCAGUACUCACCUGGAACACCUGUGCUUAUACUCUGCUGACUGUAGAGCAGUGUUUGCGUGAGGAACAAAAGCCAGUAUUUGCUGCUCUCUCCUCCCGACAAACCGACUGUCUGGACUCGCUGGUGAAAGUCUCGGCUGUUGUCAGUCAGAUUAUCUCCCCUGAUAUGAUCAAACGCCACUGUGUACGUCUGUUGAGUGCUUUAAUCCCUGACAGUCUGGGGAAGAAGAGGAAGGAGAGUCAGUGUUUACUGGAGAUGGACCUGUUCAGCUACCUGACCGUGCUGACCAUGACUCUACCCAGCCUCCAUAGCGACGCCCAACUCUUCUCCAUCAACACCAUCCCUAUGGGUGGCCUGAAUGACCUGCACGCUCUACAUCUCACCCUAACUGCACACCUGGUACAGAUCAUACUGCAGCAUCAGCCAACAGAGGGAGACAGCAUGGAAACUGAGAGUGACCCCCAGGCUGAGGCUUUCGCCCAAGUCUACUGUAAACUGAGGUCUCAGGCAGGUUUGCCAUGUGUGGAGGACUUGAUUCCGUGGCAGGUUUUUCACUAUGUGAAGGAAGCUUGCUUGCCCUUCCUGCGCUCAGCCGCGCUCCUCUUCCACUUCCUCACGGGUGUCCCUCCACCGCAGGAGCUGAUGGAGCCAUGCAGUGUAUCUCAGGAACAGGUGACAAUCUGUGGUUACCUGUCUCUCCCCACAUCUUUACUGAGUCUCUUCACUGAGCAAGGGGAUGUGAUCACCUCACUUAUAUCAAGAUGGUGUAGCAGCCCUGUGUUGAAGGCUUAUAUGGCAAAGAAUGGGAAGGACAUGCCCAGGUAUCCGUUACCUGUCAAACAGCUCGUCCCCCUGCCACAUGAUUACAGUGACCUAAUUAAUCAGGUGUCCACCUUCACGUGCCCCAAAUCUGAGGGAGAUGACAGCCGUGCCCCAACCAUGUGCCUGGUGUGUGGUCAGAUGUUGUGCUCUCAGAGCUACUGCUGUCAGACCGAGCUACACGGGAGCACUGUUGGAGCGGCUACCGCCCACACGCAUUCCUGCGGGCUCGGCACAGGCAUUUUCCUCAGAGUAAGGGAAUGUCAGAUUCUGCUGCUGUUUGGGAAGACUAAGGGUUGUUUCUUCCCUUCUCCAUACCUGGAUGAUUAUGGAGAAACAGACCAGGGGCUCAGGCGAGGUAACCCUCUUAAGUUGUCCCCGGAGCGGUACAGGAAGCUACACAAACUCUGGCUGUCCCACGGAAUCCCUGAGGAGAUAGGCCAUCAGCUGGAAUCCAACAAUAGUCUCAUGGGAAUAGAGUGGCAGCAUCUAUGAUGCUGGUGGCUGUUAGUGUCAUGUACUGUACAUAACAGAUCAUCUAGUCUCAGGGCUGAAGCCUAGACCCAUAUACUGUAGAGUGACUAUAUCCUCACAGCAUUAUCCUGUCCUUCGGGAUUGAAGCCUAGACCUAUAUACUGUACAGUGACUAUAUCCUCACAACGCUAUCUGGCCCUUCGGGAUUGAAACCUGGACCCAUGUCCUGUACAGUGACUAUAUCCACACCAUGAAGUCUCUAAUCCUUCAGGACUGAAGCCUAGACUCAUGUACUGUACAGUGACUAUAUCCAGACAACGCUAUCCAAUCCUUCAGGACUGAAGCUUAGACCCAUACACUGUACAGUGACCAUAUCCACACAGCAGAGUCUCUAAUCCAUAAAGGCUGAAGACCCAGAGACCCAUAUACUGUAUAGUGACAAUAUCCUUCAGGGUUGAAGCCUUGGACUGUACAGUGACUAUAUCCACACAGCAGUCCCUGAUCCUUCAGGGCAUUAGCCUAGACCCGUAUACUGUACAAUGACUAUAUCCACACAGCAGAGUCUCUGGCCCUUCAGGGCUGAAGCAUAGAUCCAUAUACUAUACAGUGACUAUAUCCACACAGCAUAGUCUCUGAUCCUUUAGGGCUGAAGUCUAAACCCAUAUACUGUACAGUGACAGUAUCCAUACAGCAGAGUCUCUGGCCCUUCAGGGCUGAAGCCUAGACCCAUAUACUGUACAGUGACCAUAUCCACACAGCAGAGUCUCUGGCCCUUCAGGGCAUUAACCUAGACCCGUGUACUGUACAAUGACUGUAUCCACACAGCAGAGUCUCUGGCCCUUCAGGGCUGAAGCCUAGACCCAUAUACUGUACAGUGACUAUAUCCACACAGCAUAGUCUCUGAUCCUUUAGGGCUGAAGUCUUAACCCAUAUACUGUACAGUGACAGUAUCCAUACAGCAGAGUAUCUGGCCCUUCAGGGCAUUAACCUAGACCCGUGUACUGUACAAUGACUGUAUCCACACAGCAGAGUCUCUGGCCCUUCAAGGCUGAAGCCUAGAUCCAUAUACUGUACAGUGACUAUAUCCACACAGCAGAGUCUCUGGCCCUUCAAGGCUGAAGCCUAGACCCCUGUACAGUGACUAUAUCCACACAGCAUAGUCUCUGGCCCUUCAAGGCUGAAGCCUAGACCCAUAUACUGUACAGUGACUAUAUCCACACAGCAUAGUCUCUGAUCCUUUAGGGCUGAAGUGUGAACCCAUAUGCUGUACGAUGACAGUAUCGACACAGCAGCCUGUGAUCCUUCAGAACCACAGCAAAGACUGCUGCUGCCAAAACGCAUAGUUGAAUUAUGAUUGAGAUUGAGAUCUCCCAUGGAGUGAUGACAGGCACUCCUAUCUGAGGCUGGCAAAUGUCAUUAACCAGUGUGGGUCUGUUCUCCAUAUGUGAUUCCUUGUAAACACCCUUUUAAUGAAACACUCCAUUCUUUUCUUAUUUCUUUCCUUUGUUUUAUUAUUAUUAUUUUUUUGUUGUUGUUUUUGGGCCGUGAAGAAAACGUGCCUGAUUUGACAAGUGGAUUAUAUUGUAUGGGUAUAACUAUAUUUGUGUACAGUAUACAGUAUGUAGUCAUACAUCUACUUGUACUUUAUACAUGUACUGAGUUACUGCUGUCCCAACCUUUAGACUUAUUUCAGACCAUUGGAUAUCUUGAAUAAAGAACAACGUAUUCAUUUAAACAGUUCACAGCAUUCUCAUCUUCACUUACAGUUUUAACCAUUAAGAAUGAGUGUUUUUGCUUUGUCAAAUGCCCUAAGCUUCCUUCUUACCUUGACUAGUAAAUAGUUUUUAUAAGUUCCUGAAACCAAGCCAUUGUGGCCUCCUGAACACAUUAUUAUCAUGCAGAAGUCUUAACUAAACUGUCAUAAAUAGUAAUGUAGACUUCCAAUAAGCUUUGGGAUCUGUAGGGAAAAUCAAGGAUUCAGAACAGUUCAGGUGGUGUUUAUAUUUAGCUUUAAAAGUAUGGUGGUUUUACAUUCUAUUUUUAGCUUUGAUAUACUGAACUUGCAGGCUGAAGUACAUGGCAUAAAUUUUGUCAAAAAUACUGUAUUUCACCUAUAGUUUGGCCCAUAAAUAUGCACUUUCAGAAGUACAUAAAGGCCGUAAAAUGAAACUGUUGAUGCCAACACUUCAGUUUUUCUGCUAUCAAACUUCACAAAAAAUCUCUUAUUUUGAGCACAUCACUCAAAGGAAUGCAUUCACAUGAUGAACUCCCCAGUCCAGCUCUGCAUUCACAUAAUGAGUUCGUCAUGCGAGGGAUGCAUUCACCUAAUGCCAAGUGUCAGCUACAGAGUUUUGGGCUUAGUAAUAUGGUUACAAAAUUUUCAUGUUCAAGGCCACAUUUUAUAUUUCGCCACAGCUGUCUGAUAUGAAGACAACUGAGUGUUUUACUGUAUAUUAUGACUGUCCAUCUGCAUCUAAUGUAUGGCAGGAUGGUUUUUUUUUGGGUUUUUUUUUAUCAGUGUGUUUACAAUUUCUUUCUGUUGUCAUUAUACUUGGUAGAUAUAUGGCACACUCAGGUUGAAAAUAGUGGAAACUUUGCAUGAAUUUGUAUUUUACAUGUACAAUAAAAACCAUACAUGUAUUGGUUAUAUACAUAUAUAAGUAUAUACAUAUAAAGUAUUAUAGUCUUGUUUAUAUAAUUGGCAUGAGCAUUUUCA